AGAUAGCAGUUCACGCAGAGCUUUGGAGACUGGAGUCGCCGGAGUCGCUGCUUCACCGCUUCCGGCUCGCCGCCUUACCGCCGUAACCCCCUCAGCCCUCAGUCGCCGCCCGCCGGUCAGCAAGAACCGCCGGCAGUGCCUCUGGUCUCCUCUCAGUAUUCAGCCGCUGCCCGCCGCCGCUCUCCUUCACCGUGUGAACCUGCUGCUCUCCGCCGUGUAUAACUGGUUCAACAUCAUAACUUAAGCUACAAAUUCGCCUAUUGGUAUCCUCCAUUGCUGCUAUCCACAAAACUCUUUAGUGUGCAGAUAACACUAACGCACGCAUGGCUUCUGUCAGAACCUUUAUUCUUAAUGGCGCCCAUAGGCACUUCUCUCCCCUUUUCAUCCAAAAAUUCCCAAUCCGACUACUCACUUCUCACCGCCGCCGCAGCAGCCUCUUUUGCUAUUCUUCAUCGCCGUUGUGCUCCUCCGCCCAGUUUAUUCCCCAGCUCAAGAGUGAGCCGGAGAUGGAAUCCGACCAGCGGCAGCGAAGGCGGAACGUGGUGGAGAUUUUAGAGGAGAGAGGAUUACUGGAGUCCGUCACUAGCGAAAACCUCCGUUCAAUUUGCUCCGAUCCGAAUCUCCCACCCCUCAAAGUCUAUUGUGGGUUUGACCCGACGGCUGAAAGCCUCCAUCUUGGAAACCUUCUUGGCCUUAUUGUUCUCUCCUGGUUCCUUCGCUGUGGCCAUAAAGUCGUCGCUCUCCUUGGCGGCGCCACUGGCCGCAUUGGUGACCCCUCCGGCAAGAGCGUAGAGCGGCCGGAGCUCGAUUACGUUACAUUGAAUCACAACAUCACUGGAAUUUCUGCGAACAUUCGGCAAGUACUGCUCUCUCCAGAUUCAUCUUACCUCACCUCCAACAUUCAGAUCCUAGACAACUAUGAUUGGUGGAAAGACGUGAAAUUUCUCGAUUUCUUGCGAGAUGUGGGAAGGUUCGCUAGGGUUGGGACUAUGAUGUCGAAAGAAAGUGUGAAGAAGCGAUUGGAAAAUGCGGAGCAAGGAAUGAGCUAUGCAGAGUUCACGUACCAGUUGUUGCAGGGCUAUGAUUUUGUGCAUUUGUUCGAAAAAGAAGGUGUCACGGUUCAAAUUGGGGGCAGUGAUCAAUGGGGGAAUAUUACAGCCGGAACAGACCUUAUUCGCCGGAUCAUCGGGAAAUCUUCGGAGACCGAAGCAGCAGCUUCUUUGGCUUAUGGUUUGACAUUCCCACUUCUCCUCAAGAGUGAUGGGACCAAGUUUGGGAAAUCCGAGGAAGGAGCAAUAUGGCUCUCACCUUCCCUCUUAUCACCUUACAAGUUCUACCAGUACUUUUUCUCUGUUCCUGAUGCUGAUGUGGUGAGAUUUCUCAAGAUUCUUACAUUUCUCACCAUUGAAGAGAUUGAGGAGCUCAAAACACAAAUGGGGAAUCCUGGUUAUGCUCCUAACACUGCACAACGUAGGUUGGCCGAGGAGGUUACACGGUUUGUUCAUGGACAAGAGGGGUUGGAUGAAGCCCUGAAGGCUACAGAGGCAUUGAGGCCUGGCAAUGCAGAUACUAAGUUGGAUUGGAAAACCAUUGAGGGAAUUGCCAGUGAUGUUCCGUCCUGCUCGUUGCCUUUUGAUCAGGUGUUGAGUAUUUCGGUUUUGGAUCUUUCUGUUUCUAGUGGUUUGCUCGAGAGCAAGUCUGCUGCGCGUAGAAUGCUCAAGCAAGGAGGGCUUUACUUGAACAAUGCCCGAGUUGAUAGUGAGGCUAAGAAGAUUGAGGAGGACGAUAUUGUGGAUGGAAAAGUUCUGCUUUUGUCUGCAGGAAAGAAGAACAAGAUGGUUGUGAGAAUUUCCUGACCCAUAGCUGCUUAUUUUUUAUUCCAUUGACGUGGUAGAGACACAAUGCUAUCACCAUUAAAAUAGAUAAACCUUCAUGAUCAAGUUGUAUAUCUCAAUUCUCACAUAAUUCUAUAUGCUAUCGAACCUUUUUGUAUCACACAUUGUCUGUUUUAAUAACAUUUUUCCGAAACCAGGUGGGUGGGAGGGAGCAUUUUAUAACUUUCUAUCUGAAUUGACUACUUAUAUAUCUUCACAAACACUUAUUUGCAAGUUUAGAGUGGAGUAGUGCAUCUUUUGCUGUUUGUUUGGUGUUCUUUGUUCACACAGUAAAUGGAUCAUUUUGCAUAUGAACAUUUGUCCUAAAGCCUACACAGGCUAUUAUUGUAAGAAUGGUUGAAUUUAUAGUGAGGCAAAAUGAUGGGGUUCCUGUAUCCUAUUCUUCGGAUCUUAA